GCGUCCAUCGCCCCUCCCCCAUUGUGAUGCCAGCAGCUCCUCGAUCAGUCCUUGCUGCUCCGCGCGAUCGUCAUGCUCGAUGCGAGCAUGGGAAAGAAAGAAGGUAUUGCAAGCUCUGCAAAGGAUCGGGCAUUUGUGAACACGACAAGCAAAGAAGCAAAUGCAAGGAAUGCAGCACCAGUCCUGGAGCACUGCAGAAGGGAUCGUUCUGCCCUCAUAACAGGAGGAGGACAAUCUGCAAAGACUGUGGUGGAUCUCAGAUUUGUCACCAUGGCAGACAAAGAUGUCUUUGUAAAGAAUGUGGAGGUUCUGCUAUCUGCGAACACAAUAGGCAACGAAGUUUUUGUCGCGAGUGCCUAGGGUCACAGAUUUGCAUCCAUAAGCGGCAAAGGAAUCGAUGCAAGAUCUGUACUUACACGGAUGCACUGAGUGCCACUGAGCUGCGCAUUUCGAUUGCCAGUUUACUGUGUUGAUUUUGAGGUUGUCGCACACUAACAGCUGUACGAAAAAGGCAUCUUCGAUCCAGUUUUCUAUACGGCUCUUGUCAAUUCGAAUGUCUGACCAUGGUCAGAUGAUGUAUCAGAGCUCGAUAGUGGAGAUAGCCAGAGAAUAAGUGAUAAGUGAGAGUGAUUGUUUGAGUGAUAGUAAUGAUCUAUUGUUUGUGUAGAAUUACGAAGAAAAAUGUAAUUAAAACUGGUUUC